CUAGCGUAGCGAGCAUAGAAUAAACGAAAAGUGAAUUACGACGUUAUUGUAGGCGGUCGUUUAUUAGUUUUAUGUGCACGUGUAGUUUAAAUUAAAUAACCUUAUGUACGAUUAUGUGAUAAAGUUUAAAGUUAAUGAAUAAAGAACAGACUUUCAAACAUUAUUAACAAUUAUGUGCGGUGUUUAAUGUUUUGAGGCGCGAGCACCACAGAUGCCAGUGUCGUGUUUAUGAUAUUGGGCGCCAUGGAGAUGUCGCACCAGGGCGGCACGGAGGCCGAGAGCCUUCUGCGAGCGGACCGGGGCGCCGUGAUGAUGCCGCCGCAGCGACGUUGGGACGGGAAGGGCGAUGGCGAGAAGGCGCCCUUCCUCCGGAACGAGCCCGUCAAACUGACGCCAGCGUGGGAGGGGUCCAACUUGCCCAAUGACACGCUCAACUUGAAAGGCGUUGCUAUGGAACUGGCUCCGCCCAAGGACAGAUGGAACCUGAUCUACCUGACUCUUCUGCUGCACGGCCUGGGGACGUUGACGGCUUGGAACAUGUUCAUAACAGCCAAGGAUUACUUCGAGAAGUACAAGCUGGAGAACACACCGCAUUAUGCUGAAAACUUCAUGACGUAUGUCGGCUGGGCGUGCCAAGUGCCCAACUUACUGUUCAGUUGGACGAACAUAUUUGUCAAGAUUGGGGGUAACCUGACAACGCGGAUCGUGUGGUCACUUUGUGUGGAAGUGCUCAUAUUUGUGGUCACGGUGGUUCUCGCCAUGGUCGACAGCAGGGAAUGGACGGAGAUUUUCUUUAUUCUCACCAUUAUCUUGGUCUUCUUGUUGAACGGUUUUAACGCAAUAUUCCAAAACUCCGUAUACGGACUGGCGGCGCGUUUACCUCCACAAUACACCGGCGCGGUGGUCCUCGGCUCCAACAUCUGCGGCACUUUGGUAGUGUUCAUCCAAUGGGCGUCCGAUGUAUUCACCAGCAGCUAUAGGACGUCCGCGAUAUACUACUUCAUAGCCGGCAUGUUUGUGCUGCUCAUAUGCUUCGAUACUUACUUCGCAUUGCCUUUGAACAGAUUCUACCGCUACCAUGAAACAUUACAAGAGCGCACUCUACGCGUCAACCCAGCGUUGGCUGCAACCAAUCAGAACGCACCUGUGCAGCAGAAGACGCCGUACGGUCUCAUAGUGAGGCAGUCGUUCAUGCAGCUGUACAACAUCUUCAUUGUCUUCUUUGUCACGCUCGCCAUCUUCCCCGCGAUCCAUUCAGAUAUAAAACCGAUGUCGGAAGGUUUCCUCGGCAGUAACUUCGUGCGCCUCACAUGUUUCUUGACGUUCAACUUGACGGCCAUGAUUGGCAACAUCACGGCCAGUAUGUGGCAAUUUCCAUCUCAGAAAUGGUUGUUCCUGUUCACAACAGUCCGCAUCCUGUUCAUACCGUUGUUCUUGCUGUGCAACUAUCACCCCAUGAACAGGAAGCGCACCAUGCCCGUACUGGUCCAGAACGACUGGGUGUACUGGACGCUGGCCGUUGUCAUGGGAUGGAGCUCUGGCCAUGGCAGUUCUUUGGGCAUGAUGUAUGUCAGUGGCACCGUAGCACCAGAGAAUGCCAUGACAGCUGGCAUGAUAGGUGGCGCAACACUAGUCACUGGCAUCGUCGCUGGCAUCACAUUCUCCAAGUUCGGCCCAGCCCUAGUGUCGCUCGACGCCUGGACCAGCAUGUAGCGCAUGGUGUCCUACGUUGGGACGUUCUGGGACGUCCUUGUGCGUAUCGGGAAGUGAAGUGUGAAGUGACGUGACGUGAUGUCACUUUGAGUGACUUGAAGUGACGAGAAGUGUUGUGACCGCCUUUGGAGCCUUAGGUAUGACCGCUUUCUGAAUUGUAAAUAUGUUGGAUGUUUUGCAGUGGAAUUGCAUUUAUUAUGACGAGUUGAUGAUAUGUCAUCGCUGAUUUAUGACACACUAGCUUAUACACGCGACUUCGCGUCAAAUUAGGGUUUCCACAAUUUGUUUUCCAAUUAUCAGCCAUAUAAAAUAGUUUUUGCGUAAAAGAAUCAUUACAAUCAGUUUCUUGCAAUUCUCUCAAGAACCAUGGUUUCUUCGGGGACAAACUAUGUAUUAAUCCAGGCUAUAUAUAGGGUCUAUCUUCAUUUUAAAAUUCAGCUAAAUUAGUAGAGUACUUGCGACGUUAAAGGGUAACAAACAUACAUACAAACGUUUAAUCCUCUUAACAAGUUAGCCCGCUUCCAUCUUAGAUUGCAUAAUCACUUACAAUCAGGUGAGAUUGUAGUCAAGGGCUAACUUGUAGAAUAAAAAUAAUUCUCUUACCAAGUGAUAUUAAAGUCAAAUGUAUUUUUUAUUGAUUCAAAAAUUAUUUAAAAGUAAUGUAUUACUUCAGUGAUGACAUAUAUUAAUAAUAUUAAAGAUGUUCACAAAACAAUAACUAAAUUCAUCCAUUGAUGCAAUAACUAUUGUACUUGUAAGAUUUAUACAUCUUUUUAAUAAGUAAUUGAUGUUAAUAAAAUAAUCAUGUGUUUUUAAAGCAUGUUGGACUGUUGGUAUGUAUUGGACAAAUGUAUAUUAAAUAUACUGUAAUAAAUCUGGUUUUAGGUAAAUCCUUACUACAGGACUUAUAAUACGUGCAAAGAAAACAAUGACCUCUUAUAAUAAAAGGACGCACAAUCAUGUAGAAAAUUUCAAUUAAAAACUGGCCAAUUUUGCUUCGACAGUUUAGAAUUAUUGGUAUAGAAAAUUAUACCUAAAGGCCUUUAAAUAUAGAUCAAUAUUCAAUAAAAUCCUAAAUUUAUGAAGCAAUGCACUUCUAAUACUACUUACGAAUUGAGUGCCAAGUUGUUUGGCACCCAUUGAGUGGGGAUUUUUUUGGUCUCUUGAUUGUGCAUCCACUUUUUAAUAGGAGAUCAAUGAAAGAAAAGCAUAAAUAUGCAUAUUUAUGUUAAAAGUAUGUGUCUAUUUUGUUGUUUGGUUAAUUUUGCUAGAUUACAAAAAAUUACACACAAAUAUUUACAAUAUGCAAAUCAUUUAUAUCUUCCAAUAUAAAAAUAGUAUUGAAACGGAAUUGAAAAGUUCAUAACUGCAAAUAAUAUAAUAUUGUAAUUAGAUAUAAAAACACUUUCAAAAAUUUUAAAUAGAAUAAUUUUUUGCAUCUACAGAUUUUGAAUAACUGCCAUAGUCAUAGUGAAAUUAUAUUUAGCAUUUACGUAAAUUAACAAGCCAAUAUUGGAAAAUGAAACUAAUUUUAACAUUUAGAUCAGGUGCUUUGAGGAGUUGAUUGUGCAUAUUAUGAGGUCCACGUUUUGUUCACGGUUUUGAGGUAAAAAAAGCAUGCAUAUUAUGAUUCUGGAUGUUGCCAGUAUCUUGUAAUACUACUCACAGCGCCUGGUCUAAUUUACAUAAAUUAAGAAGCAGAUAUUGAAAAAUUAAUAUAAAUCAUUGAAUAUUGACAUACGUCAGUCAUUAAGGCUGGAUGAAAUGUAUAAAUUAUGGAUAUAGAUUGUAAAAACUUUGUUACAUUGAUCAUGGAUUUGAGACUAAGUUGGAUUUUGAUGUAAUUUGAUUUUAUAUUAACGUGGACAAAUAUCUAUUGUUAAAGUUUUGAGGGUAUAAGAAGUUUUAUAUUGUAUUUAGUACAAAUUGUUGAAAACUAUAACUGAUGGUAAUGUUAUGAAUGAUUUUAUAUGUGUGCAUAUCUCCACUGAAAUGUGGGCAUUGUUGGCUUUAGAUAUACAUACACCACGUAUGUAGCACAACAGAUAAUCUAUUUUAGGAAGUCUGUUUGGUUGUAAAGAGUAAGAUGUACUGAUCGUGGUUUUUUGUGAAACUGUUGAGUUUCUUGCCGGUUUCUUCUCAGCAGACCCAGCCUUCCGAACCGGUGGUAGAAUCAUUACAAAUAGUCAACUGACGUAUCAAAAGUGCUUGUAAACUGAGCCUACUUGAAAUAAAUGAAUUUUGAAUUUUGAAAAUGAGCAAAGCAGAAAAACGUUUAUGAAUACCCUCAACAGCUCAACGUUAAAAGGCCCGGGUUCAUCAGAGAGGGAUUGUGGUUCAAUCACUACCUGUUGAAUCAUUGUUCUAAUAUAUUAAUUUCCAACUACUUCAUCAUCAUCAUCAUCAUCAUCAUAUCAGCCGAUGGACGUCCACUGCAGAACAUAGGCUUAUUGUAGGUACUUUCAAACAUCAUGAUCCUGAGCCACCUGCAUCUAGCCAAUCCCUAUUUUCUACAAAUAUUCCCAUUCCAAAUAGUUGGAAUAAGAAUAUUGGUCAUUUUAAAAAAAAGGAAAUACCUAUUCUUUUUUUAAAAAAAAACAUUUGUCUUUGAGUGUUUCGUUAAGUGACAGAUUUUUGAUGCACCAGUCAUUUUCAGGUAUCACUUUCAAUAUUUGAUUUAAAAUUAUGUUUCUGUUUUGCAAACGUUUGUUUGUGCUGACAUCUUACUACAUUUAAAGUUAAACAGUCUUCCUGAAAUAGAAUAACUAUGACAUGCUACAGUUUCAUCUGAAUUAGUGUAAGCGAAAAAAAAGAGAGUUUAGUAAAAGCUUUUUUUCUUACAUUCAGAUGGCAACUGUAAAAGAAGAAGAUUUGGUUAAAUUUUGUGACACAUUCGGUAAAGAUAUUAAUCGAUGUAUAAGUUAACACACUUAGGUUAAGGUUAGGAGGUUAGGAUUUUAUGACAGUUCUGACAUAUAAUUUUGUUAGAUUUUUCUAAAAUUUCAAUUUCAAUUAAGUCUUUUUCCAAAUUGGGAUAUUAUAACUUAUUUUGUCAUAUUUGAUUAUUGCUUUUAGCAGGUAAUCAGAAAUUCGAACUUAGCAGUAUGUGUUGGUUAGCAUUAUCUACCAGGUUUAAUGUUUUAGUUCUAUGAACUUAAUUUAUAAAGGUCAGAGAUAGUUUUUAAAAACUAGACAGACUGACUAGACCAGUUAGACUGAAGAAGGAACUUUUUUGACAUUAACUGUGAACAUCCUUAUGAAUGAUGAAAGAAUUCCUUGGAAAAAAAAUGGAAGCUUAGAAUUGAUAUAACAAAGUUAUUUAAUCGAAACUAUCAUAAAAUCUAAACCAAAAACAAAAUUAGAGAUUAAAUAAUAAAAAAAAUAUUUAUCCAAAGUGCUACUUUAUGUAAGAAAUGUAAUACAAGAAAAAAUAAAGCUUGAUUUAAUAAGAAGAAUUAAGUAAGAUUAUUAUGUAAUAAUUCUAUUGUAACUGAAUAAUUUUUAUAUAUUAUGUAUAUCAAAAAGAACUACAGCGGGCUGUAACUUAAGUUGUAAUAGUUAUUAUAAUAAGUAUCUAAAAACUAAAGUUUACUUUAUAGUUUCUUUACUAUUUUGGGUCUCAUAAAUUAAAAAAAAAUUAAAUGAUGCUUCAUUUUUCAAACCUUAACAAAAAUAGUUUUCUGACAGAUUCAAAUUUGUAAUGUUCUAAGUAAUUCAAUUCAAACUGUGGUCGCGUUUUGUGAACUACAAAUGUCGUUGUCGCGCUUUGUGAACUACAAAUGCCGUGGUCGCGCUUUGUGAACUACAUAUGCCGUGGUCGCGCGUUGUGAACUACAUAUGCCGUGGUCGCGCUUUUUAAACUACAAAUGCCGUAGUCGCGCUUUGUGAGCUACAAAUGCCGUGGUCGCACUUUGUAAACUACAAAUGCCGUGGUCGCGCUUUGUGAACUACAAAUCGCGAUUUGUGAACUACAAAUGCCGUGGUUGCGCUUUAUGAACUACAAAAUUUGAACUAACUAAAAAUAUCCAUUUGGUUUAUAUGGUACUGUGUGUGGUUCUGGUUCUUCUUUUUGACACCCACUAAAUCUAUGGUAUACAUAUAUUUUGUCUCUUAUGUUUUAGGUAUUACAAUGAAGCAUCAUUCUUUCAGCCAUUACUAAAUCAAAUACCUACCCUUUUCCUUUUUAGUUCUCCAUAUAGACUGAUUCACUAACCUUUUACUAUUUAUAAGUUUUAAGUUUCUAUGGUUUCACUGUCGUAAUUUGUUUAGAGCAAGUUAAUUAAAUAUUAUUAAUUUAUUAAUGCAUUCAUAAUGGCAUACACAUUAGAGGUUCACAAAAUGUGUGAACAUGUGUCAUGUAAAAAUAAUUUGAAUAAAAUAGCGGAACAUCCAAAUCAGAAAUGACCUUCACCCAUCUGUUUAAUAGAUGAAAAGUGAUAUCAAAUUUAGUCGUUAAAAAUGUACUGUAAGUAGGUUCACAAAACACUCCUGACUAAACUAUCAAUAACAUUGGUGUGCCUUUCAUAGUUACAAAAAAACACUACCUACCUUGAGGACUCGUUUUAUUGGAGAAUGAAUCAUCCAUUUUGUAAUUUGUAUGUAUUGUGCCUACUUAGUUAAAAACCUUUAGCACGCCACUGAUUAAUAAUGAUAAUUGAUAAUUUGGCCAGGAUUUAAGUAACUACUAACAAUAUAUUUUUCAACAUAUUAAAAUUUAUCAACACUAUAUUUUAUCCAUUAAACAUGGGUGAAGGUCGUUUCUAAUUCUUAACCUGUAACCAGUUUAUUCAACAUAGAAUAUUACUAAUAAUACAUUUACACCAUACAUAAUUGUUAAGUUUAUCUACUACAGAAGCGCACAAAUUAAUAUAUUAACAUAAAAUUAUUUAUUUUGCCUAUUACUAUUACAAAAAUAAUUCCAACAUCUUGGGGAUGCCUUUGUGUAUUGUAUAACAUUAUGAAUGUAUAUAUGUAGUUUUUUUACUGUGUUCAAUAUAGAGACCAAAAUAAUAUAUUAAUAUCUGAUUAUAAUUAAUUAAUUAAUUACUUAAUGUAUGUGAACAAAUAACGAAUGAUUUUUUUGUUUGUUUUCUUCAAUAGCUGAUACUGUGGGUUUUUAUUUAUUACGUAGUAAAAGUUUUUUUUUUAUUAAUU